AUGAACGUGAGAACCACAUUUGGGGAUAUACAGGCUAUACACAACAAUUGUCUGCAUCUGUCGAAGGACAAUACCCCAACGUGUGAGGCAAGAAAUAGCAAUUGCACUGCUGGCCGCUACCGCAUAGCGGCGGCACAGUCGGGAGCCACGACCUAUGGAGACAAGGAUGGUGUUGAUGUCAAUACUGCAGAUCAUAGUCUCGCCUUUCAGAGUUCUGUGGCCAACCCCGAUAACCUGUUGCGUUUUGUUGAGCUCCCGCAGAACAAGGAUCCUCAUGCAACAACGUUGAACAAAUGGAGCGUUCACCGUCAAGAUCCGGAUUGCGUAUCUCCUCCAUCGAUGAGUGACUUUGCGUUCAGUGAUAAUUUACCUUUGUUCUCGAUGAUAGAUGAGUUGGGUCCGGAUCUAGGCGCAGACGAUUGGUGUCUCUCUUGGUGA